AAUUGAAUGUUGAUACAUCAGUGUUUUGUUUUUAGGUUCUUCCUUCGAGUUACAAAGGAAACUCGUUUCAGAAGCUUUAAUCGCAUUUACGUCCUCCUUUCAAUCCACAGGUCAGUGAUUACGAUUUCUACUUACAAUGUUCAAUCUCGUCAGCAGAAACUUAACGAUUUCUGUCUUAAAAACAACAUCGAUUCAUGGAGUGUUUGCUCGGUCAUUAUCUUCAUCACCAGCAGCAUCAAACCCAGAUUCAGUCAAAUUUUCUAAAAUUCAGCACUCAUUCACAGUUUCUUAUCUCAUAGAAUCAUGUGGGUUUCCUCCAGAAAAGGCGAUUUCAGCUUCCAAAUACCUAAACUUCAAAACUCCAGAUCGAGCCGACUCUGUUAUCGCAUUUUUCAAGAAUCAAGGAUUCACAGAACCCCAGAUUUAUCAUUUAGUUCGAAAGUUUCCAAUGGCUCUCACUUGUAAUCCCCAAACAAAUCUCUUGCCCAAGUUUGAAUUCUUAAGUUCUAUAGGACUUUCAGAUGCUGAAAUUGUUAAGUUAGUGACUGCAAGACCAAAAUCUCUAGGUAGAAGCUUGAAGAACCAUUUGAAACCAACCUUUAAGUUACUUAAAGAUUUGCUUCAAUCGAAUGAUAGAACUCUAAUUGCAAUCAAGAGGUGUGCUUGGGUUUUGGAUUGGGAUUUCCAAUCAAAUAUGGUCCCAAAUAUGGAAUAUUUGAGAGAUGUUGGAGUUCCUGGAUCAAAGAUGUUGUAUGUAUUAACUUACCAGCCUAGAGAUUUUUUAGUUAGUAAUGAACAAUUCAAAAUGGUUGUGGAAGAAAUCGUGGAGAUGGGUUUCGACCCUUUGAAAACAAAUUUCAUGUUAGCGAUUCACGCACUUAGGUCUAUGACCAAGCCGACUUGGGAAAAGAAGAUCGAGGCUUAUGAGAAAUGGGGUUGGUCUAAAAACGAGAUUAUGGCAGCUUUUAGGACUGAUCCGUGGUGUAUGAUGAAAUCUGAGGAGAAAAUCGAUAAGGUGAUGGAUUUUCUUGUUAAUGAAAUGGGGUUUGAGACAUCCAUCAUUGCAAAGAAUUCGGUGCUCCUUUCGUUGAGUAUGGACAAAAGAAUCAUUCCCAGAUGUUCGGCUUACCGAUAUAUGUUGGAUAACGGAACGAUGAAAAACAAGACCUUUUGUUUCAGCUGGUGGUUGAAGUGUUCUGAGAGCACAUUCAUUGAUAGAUUGAGAAGAUACGAGAAAGAAGCUCCAGGUGUUCUGAAAUUCUAUCUGAAGAAGAUGGAUUUUGCACAAUGAGUUGGUAAAUUGUUACUUGAUUCCGUUAGUACAUCAAAUUUUGUCUGCUGAAGUGCUGACUGAUGAUGAGAUAGUUAUGAAUAUGUUAUACCUUUAAAGCAUAAUUCACAUGUGAAUUUGCUUUUUUCUCACAGACUUUGUGUUUAUAUGAGUUCUGAUCAUUUGUUUGAUGACUGAUAACUUUAUAAUUAGUGUUUCUUGUAUAAACA